GGUUGUUGGGGGACUUUUAUUCUGCCCUGGACGCUGGUUCCGCUCAUAUGGCUGAAGAUGGCGAGCGGAUCGGGGCCCGUUUCUGCUCUCUGGACCGAAAUCAACCGCUGCGGACAGAACGGCGACUUUACUAGAGCCCUGAAAGCUGUCAACAAAAUUCUUCAUGAAAAUAAGGAUGAUGUUACUGCCCUGCGCUGUAAAAUCGUCUGUCUGAUCCAGAAUGGAGGUUUUAAAGAAGCCCUGGGUGUCAUAAACACUCACACCAAAUCACUGAGCAGUGACUUGAUCGGGUUUGAGAAGGCCUACUGCGAAUACCGUCUGAACAGGGUGGAGAACGCUUUGAAAACUAUCCAGGGAAUCCCAGAGCAAACAGACAAACUCAAAGAGCUCUACGGCCAAGUGCUGUACAGACUAGAGCGGUACGACGAGUGUGAGGCCGUCUAUAAAGACCUGAUCAGAAACUCUCAGGACGAGUAUGAAGAGGAGAGGAAGACAAAUCUGUCAGCUGUGUUGGCGGCACAGAGCACCUGGGAGAAUGCACAGCCGGAGGAUCUGGGUUUACCGGAGAGCUCAUAUGAGCUGUGCUACAAUGCUGCCUGCUGCCUGAUUGGUCAAGGGCAGCUCAGCCAGGCCAUGCAGAAACUGCAGAAGGCUGAAGAGUUGUGCAGGAAGUCUUUGGCCGAGGACUCUGAUGUGACGGAAGAGGACGUUGAGUCUGAACUGGCCAUCAUUCACUCUCAGAUGGCUUAUGUGAUGCAGCUACAGGGAAGAACCGAAGACGCCCUUCAACUCUACAAUCAAGUCAUUAAACUCAAGCCGUCUGAUGUGGGUCUGCUGGCUGUGACUGCUAAUAACAUCAUCACCAUUAACAAGGACCAAAAUGUGUUUGACUCCAAGAAAAAGGUGAAACUGACCAAUGCUGAGGGGGUCGAGCACAAACUGGCCAAAAAACAGUUGCAGGCCAUUGAGAUCAACAAAGCCCUGUUGGCCAUGUACACUAACCAGGCUGAUCAGUGCAAUAAGCUGUCUGCGGGCCUGCAGGCCCAGAAUCCCGGUCACCCCAGACCCGUUCUGAUCCAGGUGGCCCAGCUCUGCCGAGAAAAACAGCACAACAAAGCCAUAGAGCUCUUACAGCGGUUUUCAGAUCAGCAUCCUGAGAGCGCAUCUGGAAUCAAACUUACCAUGGCACAACUCUAUGUGACGCAAGGUCAUGUGACUAAAGCCUGUGACAUCCUGAAGUCCAUAGAAGAAUUUAAAUACAAACCAGGAAUGAUUUCAGCUCUGGUCACGAUGUACACGCAUGAAGAAGACAUAGACAGUGCAAUUGAUGUAUUCUCUCAAGCGAUCCAGUAUUACCAGUCAGAGCAGCCGGGGUCUGCUAUCCACCUCUCUCUGGUGCGGGAGGCUGCCAACUACAAGCUGAAAUAUGGCCGUAAGAAAGAGGCCACCAGUGACCUUGAGCAGCUGUGGAAACAGAACACAAAUGAUGUCCGUACGCUCGCCCAGCUCAUCUCUGCAUACUCGCUCGUGGAUCAGGACAAGGCCAAAGCUCUGAGUAAGCACCUUCCUUCCCCGGACACCAUGUCCUUUAAUGUGGAUGUUGAUGAACUGGAGAACUCGCACGGAGCCACGUAUAUCAAGAAGAAACCUGCCAAAGUCGUGGGCGAAAGCCAGCCUAAAGAACAGGGUCCAGAGGAUGUUAAAAAGAAGAAGAAAAAGAAGAAAGGUAAAUUGCCCAAGAACUACGACCCCAAAUCGACCCCUGACCAGGAGCGCUGGUUGCCGAUGCGAGAGCGCUCGUACUACCGCGGCAAGAAGAAGGGCAAGAAGAAGGAGCAGGUUGGCCGCGGCACACAGGGCACGACCUCUGGAGCUUCUGCCGAGCUUGACGCCAGUAAAACUGCCAGCAGUCCGCCCACCUCCCCUCGACCCGGCUCAGGAACCGGCAGCGUCGCGAGCAACGCGGUGCCUCCGCGACAACAGAAACCCGCUGCGCCCGCAGCUGCUCGUAAAAAGGCUCCGCAGAAGAAGAAGAAAGGAGGGAAGGGAUGGUAGAGAGAGAGACACAAACCAUUUGAUCUUGCUUUUGUCUCGCUCCAUUUGAUUGUUGGUUUUGAAACGCUGAGAACAGUUGUAAUAUUGACGAUGCACCCGCUCCAGGGGCCUGGAGGAUGAAUUGUUUUAGUCAUUAAAUUGUGAAGGACGAAGGAAAAGGAUUGUGAUUUGAGCGACAAUGUCGAGUGGAAUAAACAGGAUUCGGUUAAGGAGCCCAUCAUUUGUCAAUUCAUUUUUUUUUAACCAUCCAGUUCAUUGUGUACAUGCAUUACUAUCAAUGUUUAAGAGACUAGGGCAUUUUUCAUUUCAUUUUUAUUCUGGACCUGGAUGAUUUUUCUGUUCAUCUUUUGUCCUUGCUUGGUACAUGAAUGCCUAAUAAAGCAACUUUGUGUCACAAUA